AUGGAUCGAGUCACCUUUCAAACUCUGCUGAGGACAUUUGUGGGCCUGCUUGCUGCCUUGGCCCUCACAUCAGGGAUGUUUGUUGGAAAGGGGGAUAGACCCGUCUUUUCUAUCAACGACAUGUUCUUUAAUGUCUCAGAGGAUUAUCCUCUACCACACAGCAAUCAACCAAACGGGUUCCCUGUUUCCGGUCCAGAAACCCGAAUGGCUGGUGCCAACUCACUAGACCUGUCGUACUGCUACAUGAAUCAGAAUGUGUCAGUGACACUGACAGCUGAUCAGGUGCCCUCUUUCUGCAUCUGCACCCUCUGUAAUGCAAGCAGCACUGGACCUAAGGGUGACAUGGGUGACAGAGGCCUACCAGGUCCGCCUGGCAGCCCAGGCGUGAGAGGCCUAAAUGGUGCCAGAGGAGCUCCAGGUUUGAAAGGUUUUCCAGGAGUGAAAGGCCAGAAAGGCAGUGAAGGCACAAAAGGAGAGCAAGGGCCACCGGGUUUCAUUGGAAUGAAGGGGGAACGUGGGAUCAAGGGAAAUAAAGGGGAUGUGGGUACAGACGGGAGGCCAGGGUACCAAGGGCCUGCUGGAGAACCCGGGGUAUGUGCUGCAUCAUGCGAUUUCGUUCAUGGACCCCCAGGAAAUGUGGGUCUGCCAGGAAUUGUUGGGUCAAGAGGCCUACCAGGGUCCACGGGAAUUCCUGGUGCAAAAGGUCAGAAGGGAGAUAUGGGAGAAAUAGGUCAACCUGGAGGCCUGGGUAUUCCUGGGACAAAAGGGGAUCAGGGCGAACAGGGUGUGUGCAACUGCAAGGAUGGGGCUAAAGGCAUACCUGGACAGCCAGGGAUUUCAGGGCCAAAGGGUGAAAAGGGUGACACUGGUCCUCAGGGGCCAGUAGGCAUGGGUGGUGUAAAAGGUGUGAAAGGAGAACUGGGAUUGACAGGUAUCCCUGGCCCCUGCUCUCCUGCCAUCCAGUCAGCUUUCUCAGCAAAACUGACUAACAUGUACCCAGCACCAGAUCAACCUGUUCCCUUCACUGCAGUCAUUUACAACAUCCAGUUUCACUACAAUCCCAGUUCAGGUGUGUACAGGGCCCAUGUGAAUGGCACAUAUGUUUUCAGCUACCAGUUAGUAGCUUACAGCAAACCACUCAAAGUGGGACUUUUCCUCAACUUCAUACCAGUGGUGAAGAGCACAGAGAUAGUCACCUUAGAAACAGCUUCUCAGCAGGUUGUCCUGCACUUAUAUAUGGGUGACCAAGUGUGGCUUCAGGUAAAGGAUCAAAACAAUAAUGGUAUGUAUACUGGCACUGAGUACAGUAGCAUCUUCUCAGGCUUCUUGCUUUAUCCAGACAGCUGCGAUAUGCCACUAUUCCGAGAGAUGGAUAACCCUAUCAUUAAUAAUGGAAAGUACAACUGGAACUGA